UAAUAUUUGUGUUGAGGGCACAAGUAUUUCUGUUUCCUCUACUAAUAAUAUUUGUGUUGAGGGCACAAGUAUUCCUGUUUCCUCUAUUAAUAAUAUUUGUGUUGAAGGCACAAGUAUUUCUGUUUCCUCUAUUAAUAAUAUUUGUGUUGAAGGCACAAGUAUUCCUGUUUCCUCUACUAAUAAUAUUUGUGUUGAGGGCACAAGUAUUCCUGUUUCCUCUACUACUGCCACAACUGGGUUGACCCCAACCCUCUUCAUCCUCAUUGUCAAUCUGAUUGGCAAUGUCAGCAAGGAGACAAAUGCUUUAGGCAUUGGAACCUGCGGGAGGUUGAUCAUGGGAUUUGUUUCUCCAAUUAUCAGGUUUCCACCUGUAGCCAGCAUAAGGAUUGUAAUUAUGGGGAUUAUUGUUGUGGAAUGUAUUGUUGCUCUCCUUCCUAUUUCAGACAAUGGCAGAAUUUUUCCUGUUUCUCAGAUAUGCAGUGUAGAAGUUGGCAUACCGGACAGUACUGCUGUAACAACAACCUGUGCUGUGAUGACCGGAAACUUGAAAUUCAGGUCGCAGGGAAUAAAACAAUAGCAGACAUCAACAAUAUAGAAUAUGUUUUAUCUCUACCCAAAUCAGCUAAUCAAGAAUCCGCUGAUCAAGAAACAGCUGAUCAAGAAACAGUUGAUAAAGAAACAGCUGAUCAUGAACCAGCUGAUCAAGAAUCAGCUGAUCAUGAAACAGCUCAUCAAGAAACAGCUGACCAAGACAGUUCAGAUCAUGAGUCAAUAUCCCAAGAAUCAGUAGAACAUGAUUUUGGUGAAAUGGCUAACAUCUCUGAGGAGUUAUUGGAAGCUAGUGCUGACGUGAAUUUAUCAGAUGAGGAAGGGGCUGACAACUCUGAUCAGAUCAGCCAUGACAGUUCUGACAGCGAAGAAGUUGACAGCUCUGAUAUUGAGACGAAUGAAAUUCCUGAAGUUGACGCAGAACUUGAAAAGUUUAACAACAUGGAAAAUCACCUUACAAAUGAUGACAUUACCAAUGAAGAAGCUGACCUUGAACAUGAUUAUGAACAUGGAGAUGUAGAAGAUGAUGAACUAGAAGCUGCAGCAGGUGCUGUUGACGAUGUUGGAAACAGUGUUGAUGAUGAUGAACCAGAAAAGGCUGCCGAAGAUGAUGAACCUGAAAAGGCUGCCAACGAUGAUGAACCUGAAAAGGCUGCAGAAGAUGAUGAACCUGAAAACGCUGACGGAGCUAAAAUAUUCUAUUCUCAUGAGAACGAUGAACCCUCUGUAUUGACUGAUAUGGAUUUUGAAACAAAUAAAUUUCUUGAAGAGCAUACAGAUAUUUUUGAUGCAGAGACAAAUCACAAAUAUUCUAUUUCUCAAGGAGAAAACGCAGAGGAGUUGACAAUUCAUCAACAGUACUACGAAAUAAACCCAGAGGAUCAAGAUCAGGAUCAGGGUCAUGAUCAGAAUCAAGAUCAGGAUCAGGAUCAGAAUCAGGAAUAUCAGGAGUCAGGAGAACACGAUGAGGAAUCAGGAGAUGAACAUCAAUCAGGAGAUGAACAGGAGUCAGGAGAUGAACAGGAGUCAGGUCAUGAACCGGAAUCAGGAGAUGAGCAGGAAUCAGGGCUUGAACAGAACCCAGAUGAAAGUCCUGAAUCAGGAUAUGAAUCAGAACCUGAUCAAGAAUCAGGUUUUAAGCAGGAGAUAGAAAACCUGGAAAACCCGCCAAACGAACAGGAAUCUGUCAUUGAACAGAAAAAAGUGAAUGAACAGGAGGCGGUUAGUGUAAAUCUCAGUGAUGGAUUCAAGUAUCAGAGUCCGAAAAACAGACAUGUGGUGUCGAGAGGUUUUUCAAACUCUGGAACUAUUCUGUCCUUAUCCGGGCUUUUAUUGGGACUAAUUGGCUUGGUUCAAUUCAAUUCAAUGUCUUCCUAGAUCAGACAGUAGUGAAAUCUUUUAGAAACUUUAUGCUUUUUAUAAAUGCAGUGGGACCCAGAAAUCUAUGGAUUGGGAAGACGUUUGUUUCAGCUUAUGACUUUGAAUGUUAAAUGAAAAAAAAUACAGCAUUUGCGCAAUGUAUAAUUAGACCCAUUUAAAUUUCUAAGUUUGUUUUAAAGCUAUUGGUAAAACUAUUCGCGUUAGAACAAAAUUGUUUACUCUCCUCUUCUCUCCUCUCCUCGUUAUUCAUAAUGUAUUUAUAUCUAUAUAGAAGCAAGAAAUUUACUUCUAAAAUAUCUUUUAAAAGUCUUUCUAUUCCAUAGUUUAAUGAGCCCAACUGAACCCUAAACUGUACCAAAUAGUCUUAUUUAAUUAUACUGCUUCAUACUUUUAUUUCAUUUGAAGUCAUAAAUUGAUAAAUAUCUGUAACCACUAACCAUUUACUAUAAAUGCAAUGUUUAAAUGUGUUUAGUCCAUUCAUUUCAUUCGAAUUUGGAACCCUCGAGAAACGCUUAUUCAAGUAAAAUGUGCAAGCAGAAUGUAAUUUUUUUUCUAAAUAAUAUGCUUAUUAUUUUUUAUUGGAUGUUCUAUUCUUCUUAGCCCCUGUUUUAUAACAAAUAAAAACAAAGUCAGUCAAAAUAAUAGAUGAAUACAUUUGUUUUUGCAGGAAACGUUAAAAAGGAAAAUUAUAAAAUAUUUUUUAAAAGUUUCUGAUACGAAAAAAUUGUUUACAAAUAUAAAAAUUCGUGGAAAAAAUUAUUGAAGUCCAUGAUUACUGUAAUUGAAAUAAAUGAUUGUAUGUCUUGGCAUAUAUCGUAAGUAUGUUUUGUAUUUUUAACAAUUACACUUCAAAAACUAAUUGUCUAAAAAAUGAAACAUCUAUAGAUUUUAUUUCUGUUCUAAAUGCUUAAAGUAUAGUUUUGUGUAUAUAAAUAUAUAGGUUUACUUGUUGCAUUGUACAUAUAAUAAAAUAAAUUUUAAAAAACCUGA